AUGAAUAAUCCAGAGACAAACAAUCACAGUCCUCGUUCCUUUAUGAAGAACCAUCAGUUCUCUUUCAGGGUGAGCAAAAAGCCACAUCCGCAACUCCAAUCGUUACCACCAGAAGAAGAACAAAAUCAUCGAAGACUAGAAUUCAUUCGUAACAAAAAUCUCAGGCGCAUCUUGGGAGCGAAACAUAAUGAAGAUGCAAACCCUCAUCAUCAAGAUCAUGGGUUUCACAUGCAGGAGCAUCAUACUUUGACCAUUCGAUCGUACCUUGGUUCUGGCGUUGAAAUGAUCCCAGAGUCGUCAAAGGAAUUCGAAUUGGGAGUCAAUGAAAAGACGGACUCACAAAAAGGAAUGCAUUCGUAUGACAAGUCACAUUGUGCUGAAGAAAAGAAGGAAGAGACAACAGAACACUCAAGUUUCCCUCCAUUUUCUCCGUCGCCCGUUGAAAGGAAAGUGGUCCAUACCAUUGACGAAAUGCCAAUCCCCAUGAGAAAGUCCAAAAGAAAUAUCUUUGAUGAUGAUGACGGUAUCAACGGCAAGUCGUUCGGCAAAAAUUCGCGUUCUGCUCCCGAUCUCAGAUUGGAAAGAUCUCGCCCUACACCAGGACUUGUGAAGAGCCGCAACCUGGUUGCAAAUGCUUCCGCAUCCACACUCAAUGCUCAAUUUGACGAUGAUAAGGAUGGCGACACCAAGUCGUUCGGCAAUAAUUCGCAUUCUGCCCCCGACCUCCGAUUAGAAAGACCUCGCCCUCCACCAGGACUAAUGAAGAGGCGCAAUUCGGUUACAAAAUUUUCCAAAUCCAUGCUCAAUGCUCAGUUUGAUGAUGAUAACGAUGAUGACAUCAAGAGCAAUACUCCACUUUCUUCUCCCGACCACACAUCAGAAAGACCUCGCCCUCCACCAGGACUAAUGAAGAGGCGCAAUUCGGUUACAAAAUUUUCCGAACCCACGCUCAAUGCUCAGUUUGAAUCCGCAUCUAAAAGUGAAGAAUAA